GUACGGUACGGUUCGACUACACCCGUCGUAGUCCCAUUCGCCGUUUGUUUGGUCUUCCAAAGGCCUUGGCCGUCCUUGCGUACACACGUGCCGAGAUAGUGUUUGACCUGUCGAGAGCAAAGGGACACUAGACGAAAAAAGGAACGAACGAACGAAUCAAGGACAAGCCGACGACUCCUUACUCUUACAAUUGCGUUGUUGCGUUCAAUUCCUACAGUCUUCUCGGUGUCAUGUCGGGCUUUGGUGGAAACUACUCCGGGAGUAGCAAUAACAAUAACUACAAUAGCGGCGGAGGUCGGGGGAGCGGUCGUGGUGGUGGUGGCAGCAGCGGGCGGUACUCCAACAGCAGCAGCAAUUACCGGGGCGGACGCGGGCGUUCCAGUGGACGGUACAACAACAACAGCCACAGCCGUGGUAGUGGCGGCGGUGGACGUGGGGGACACGUCAAUUACGGACCCGCGAAAUUCAAACCCUGCAAGGAUUACACCACGAAAGGUUCCUGUAACAAUUCCAACUGUAGUUACGCACACGUGGUCCAACUUCACGGUACCGUCAACGCAACCAAUAGUAGUAACAACAACACUACGGCGGCGGCCGUGACUUCGGUAUCUAUUUGGGAAAAUAGCGGUGUCAUCAAAAUUUUCACCGGCUCCGACGAUGGCUUUUGGAGACUCUGGAAUACAGCCGGAGGUAAUUUUGUCAAAGAAUUCGAGUCACCCAUGAACGGACCCGUUUCGGUCGUACAAGUUGUCAACAACUUUCUGUUUUGCGGAUUUGAAGCCGUGUCUCGUGCACUUCCCGACACAUCGGUUGGUAUGGUACACGUGUGGAACUUGCAAAAUCCAUCCCAACCGCCUCUGGAAUUGCACAUGGCACCCUUGUUGCCCUACGCACACAACCAAGCCGUCACCGCCCUCACCAUUACCACCGACGCGGGUCCACCCAAGGUUGUCUCCGGCAGUCGGGAUGGAUCAAUCCGUGUCUGGACCUUUCGAGAUAACGCCUUUGUGUUGGAAAGUGAUAUUCCCGGACACGCCCGGGAAAUUACUGGCCUCGUACUCUUACCGGCCAACAAUUUGUUAUGGAGUUGCGCAAUUGACGGCGCCAUUCGCAUUUGGGACGUCAGUCAGCCUGCCAAGGCAACCUGUCAAUACGCUAUCACGGCCGCACCGUCGCCACCGACGAAUCCCCCCGCCCCGGGUGGGGCCGCUCCCUCCGCUGGCCACGGCCACACCGCUGCCGUCACGUCCUUGGUGAAUUUCAGCAGCCCCGCCGGUGCCUUUAUACUGAGUAGUAGUUUGGACGGAACCAUUAAAGCCUGGAACGGGACAACGGGUGAGUGUGUAGCGAGCGAAACAAACGGCGAAGGCGUCGUGACCAUGGUCGUUGCCCAGGACGCGCAAGGCAAUCAAGUUCUACUGAUUGGUACGGAAUCAGGCAGUAUCCUCUGCCGUAACCUAGUGCAAACACCCAAAGCACCGGCAUUUUCCCUGCUCUUUAUUAUGACGAGUUUUUUUUCGGCUGGACAUCAAGGAGCGGUCAAGGCAAUUACGGCGGGACCCGCCGCUACCUUUUACACGGGAGGCGCCGACGGCAAACUGCUGGUGCUACAACUUACGGGCGACCUGCAAUUGCAAUAA